UAUUGAAAAAUUUAAAAAAAAAUCAUGAAAACAAUUAUGAUUUUAAUGUUUGUUGGAUUGUUUUUAUUUUUUGAGACUGAAGGUGCCAGCAAUAUCAGCAAUAUUGUAGUUAGAUGCAAAUAUUCUAAAAAAAAUGAAUUGCUCAUGGCUAAUUGCCAUGGUGCUAACGGGCAAAAACUUAAAACAAUACCUGACAACAUAAUGUCAGAAGUUCAGAUAUUGAAACUCCAGACCAACCGCAUCGCCAAGCUGAACAACCGCAGCUUUGUCAUGUACCCGAAAAUCAAGGAGCUGCUGUUGUCGGACAAUGUGGUGCACACGAUAAAACCCGGGUCGCUCUCGGUGCUGGACAAGCUGGAGCUCUUGGACCUGUCGGGCAACGCGCUGUACGAGGUGCCGGCCGGGUUGCCCAAGUCGCUGGUUCACUUGAACUUGAAUAUGAACCCGAUAAAGCGCAUGGACCAGCUAUCGCGCGCUGUCGGGCUGCAGGUUUUGAAACUAAGUCGCUGCGGCCUGGUCAAGUAUCCAGCGCUGGACGUGAUGCCCAGUCUGGUCGAGCUGGACGUGUCCGGCAACGAUUUGCUGAACGACCUGGACCCGGUCACUUUGGCGGCCACGUGCCGGUUGUCCUGGCUCAAUGUGACAGGCUGCACCACGCUGUUCCAGAGACCCGAGUCCCGUUGCCGAUGCCUGAGUGCCGUUAAAUGGACGCGAAACCAUAAUAUCCAAGUGUUUGGUAUGCCGCCGUGUCCGGUCGCUAACGGCACCAGUGUUGCCAACAAAUGCACCGCGCCCACGGCCCUGCAUAAGACGACGGCCCUUUUCGAGCGCUGCAUGGAUGAAUGGGACCGCCGGAACACAUUUCGCUGGUCCAUCGGCCUGUGGCUGGUCAUCAUGGUUGCCAUAGUUACCGUACCGAUGUACGUGCGCUGGCGGAACCAACGCGGUCACUCGAAAAUUGUGCGAGCUAUUUUGCCAUCCACGAGCUCGACAGUUUUUAACGUGAGACAUGAAUCUUCACGUAAAUACUUGUUUUUUUAUAUGU